GAAGAGAAUUGGAGGCGGGACCGUGCCGAUCGCGCGCGGAAGCAUCACGCAUCUCGACGGGGAGGACGGAGGGGCCUGACCUCAGCCCGCCCGGUGCCCUUUUGUUUAUGCGCGGCGCCCGCCCGCGCACUGAUUAGUGGAGGUCCACCCCCGGCGUCCGUCGUAUAUAACGCCGGCGGGUGCCGGCAGCCGUUCCGUGAUCUGGCCCCCCGAGCACGGCCAAAAAGGCGCCCCGACCCCAACGCCGCGCGGCAGCUCAGCCUCCCCCGGCGAGCGAGCUCCUACUCCCACCGCUCCGCCAGCUUCGCCCUCGGAACCGGCUGCCAGCGGAACGGGAACGCGCCGCGAGAAAUGCUGCACCGGUGCGGGCUGCUCCCGUGCCUCCGCGGCGACUGGGGCGGGGCGGGCCGGCUCGACCCCCGCGUCGCGGACGAGCCGGGCGGCGGCGGCGGCGGGGGGGCUGCCAAGCGGUUCGCGUGGGCUGAGAUCGAGUCCGUGACGGCGGGCUUCUCGUCCCGCGUCAUCGGCCAGGGCGGCUUCAGCACCGUCUACCUCGCCUGCCUCUCCUCCUCCCGCCUCGGCGCCGUCAAGGUGCAGCGCAGCAGCGAGCGCCUCCACCGCGCCUUCCGCCAGGAGCUCGCCGUGCUCCUCUCGCUCCGCCACCCGCACGUCGUCCGCCUGCUCGGCUACUGCGACGAGCGAGAUGAGGGCGUCCUGGUGUUCGAGUACGCCCCGAACGGCGACCUCCACGGGAGGCUCCACGGCCGCGGCAAGCCGGCGCUCCCGUGGCCGCGCCGCAUGGCGAUCGCGUUCCAGGUGGCCAUGGCGCUGGAGCACCUCCACGAGGCCCGCGACCCGGCCGUGAUCCACGGGGACAUCAAGGCUGCCAACGUGCUGCUCGACGCCAGCCUCGACGCCAAGCUCUGCGACUUCGGCUUCGCGCACGUCGGCUUCUCCGCCGCGCUCCAGCCGCCGCCGGAGGCCGCGGCGCCGCCCAGGGCGCCCGCGCGCCCCGUCAUGGGCUCCCCGGGCUAUGUCGACCCGCACUUCCUCCGCUCCGGCGUCGCCACCAAGAAGAGCGACGUCUACAGCUACGGCGUCCUGCUGCUGGAGCUCCUGACCGGGCGGGAGGCCACCUGCGCCGACACGGGGUGCCGGCUCGCCGCCGCCGUGGGGCCCACGCUCGGCGAAGGGAAAGUGGCCGACGUGGUGGACCGGAGGCUAGGAGACGAGUACGACGCCCACGAGGCCGCGACCGUGGCGGCGCUCGCGCUGCGCUGCGUCAGCGACGGCCCCGGGCUCCGGCCGUCCAUGGCGGAGGUCGUGCGCGAGCUCCAGGAGAAGACGACGGCGCUGAUCUCCGCCGCCGGGAGCAAACCGGCCGGCAAGGCGGCUUCAUGAGCUGUACACUGCAGGCUGUAAAUACCAGUAGCUUUGUUUAGAGAUGAUGGUAGAUGGUAAAGAUAAUGUUUUUUACUCAGUUUGUUAGUAACUUGUCAAUAAUGUAGUGGUGGAUUAGUAGUUGUUGAAGCAUUUUGAUCACGUAGAAAAGUUUUCGUGAUGUCAGCAGCAGGUUGGUUGUAGCUGUAGAGGUUUUGCAGUGGCCCGUUAAUCAAAUCGCCAAGUUGAUCUUGUCCGUUUUGCUGAA